AAAAAAAUUAGUUAACACAAGACAUUAUCACCUCGUUGUAACAUAUUUGGUUAAGUGGGGAACACGCUUUCUCAGUUGUCUGACCCAAUUAUCCAGGGUCUGUUUUCUACAGCGGUCCUUCUAACGAAGACGAGAGAUGACCAACCGGUCUAUUAAUGAACAUCCCCUUUCACUCCCGCCCCUUGGGAAGCUGUUCUCCAGGUCCUCCUACAUGUGCAUCGUGUGGCAGCUCUUCCCAGCGGAUUGUCUGUGGCUCCAUCAGUGUUCUAUUCAACAUGGACUAUGAGACCAAGGUGUAUCCCAGGUCUGGCGGCUAUGGAAAGUUCAACCGGCUGGUAGUCUUGUUCAGCUGGUUCCCAACCUUUGCGGUCAUGCUGAAUCUUUUCUGCGACAUUUUCUACACUUUGAUACCGGAAUUGUACCACUGCAAACCGGACCCUCGGCUGCUGCCCUCGUGUUUCCAAUUCAGCAACUACUCCAAGCAAGGGUACCUCAACAUCACCAUCCCCUGGGUCAACGGCAGCAGACGCAGCCACUGUCAACUGUUUAAAUACCCGAGAAAUGUCUCGGUUUUUAACGAGAACCUCCCAAAGCAGAAGGUGUCUUGCACCAGGGGAUGGGAGUACACACAUUCUGCUGGACUCAACAGAAACUACGUGACAGAGUGGGACCUGGUGUGCGGAGACUACUGGAAGGUUCCUCUGCAGCACCUUUGCUUCAUGGCAGGGUGGAUCUUCGGAUAUGUUCUUCUGGGGACGCUGUGUGACUGGGUGGGUCGUCGGCGGGGGUUUCUAAUCUCCGUCAGUCUGAGCAGUGUGCUGGGCGUGGCACUCUGCAUCGCCAACAACCCUGUGGUCUUUCUCCUGCUGCGUCUGGCACAGGGAGCCAUGCUGGCUGGGGUCCUGCUGGCCUCCUAUAUUUCUAGGCUGGAGGUGUGCGACCCCCCUAAUCGCCUAAUAGUCGCCAUGAUCGGUGGGUUCUUCGGGGUGGGGGCAGAGCUCCUGUUGCCGGUUUUAGUCGUCCUAUGCCGUGAUUGGAAAAUUCUCCAGGCCGUCGCGACGCUGCCCCUCAUCCUGCUGCUCUCCUACUGGUGUUGUGAGUCAGUGUUUCCAGAGUCUCCCCGCUGGCUGCUGUCCACUUCCCAGCUUCACCAGGCCAAGAGGUCCCUCCGGAUGUUCUCCUCCGGGAAUGCACUCUGUCUCCGAGACGAGAACCAGCCGGGGGAGCGCCUAUUGGCUGACAUGGACUCUGUGUAUGGGGACAACUGCCAGCCGGAGUUCCACACAGUCCUGGAGCUCCGACAGACCCGUGUCGUCUGGAGGAACUGUCUGAUUCUCAGCUUCACUCUCUUUAUUGGGACAGGUAUACAGUAUUGCUUCAAAAGGAACCUGCCCAGCUUUACCACAAACUUCUACUUCACCUACUUCUUGAGGGUCCUCACCAGAGCUCUGAGCUGCCUCUUCCUCUGUUUCACUGUCAACCGCUUCGGUCGCCGCAGCAUCCUGCUUCUAUCUGCCAUCAUCACCGGGCUGUCCUCCCUUCUCCUGCUGGCACUCACACUAUACCUGCAUGACGGUCUCCUCAUGGUCCUGUCUGUUUUGGGUCUGCUCUCCUCUCAGGCCCUGGCAAUGCUCAGUUUGCUCUUCGCCAGCGAGGUCAUGCCCACAGUCAUACGUGGUGGCUGUCUGGGCCUGGUGUUCGCCGCGGGCUGCGUGGGCAUCGCCGCCUCCUCUCUGAUGGAGCUCCAGAACAACGCCGGCUACUUUCUGCACCACGUCAUCUUUGCUUCCUUCGCCGUGCUCUCCGUGCUCUGCAUCAUGCUGCUGCCUGAGAGCAGGCGGAAGCCCCUCCCCGACUCGCUGGACGACGGCGAGAGCUGGCGCCGCCCGCCCCUCUUCCUUUUGCGCAGUGAACGGGACAGCCUGCUGCUGCUGCUGCCCACAAAUCCUCCGCCCCCAGAGUACAAUGCUAGCAGCUACUCAUGCCUUCUGACGGCCACUCACCGCAUGCUGUGCAAGGGGGAAAUACCGUUAAAGAUGGCCGUUCCCGCACAGUCGUCAUCGCCAACACCGCCGCCGCUGGAAGUUGGCGAGCGAGUUGAGGAGGGAUCAUGGGAUUCCAGCUUCGUUGAGGGAGAAGAUAUUCAACCCCUCAACCCCUCUCUAGGUCUCUUGGACUCGCUGUCCAUGUCUGAAGAUAUCUGAAUGGUCCAGACCGACGAUUAUCCGUCAUCCGAUCAGACAGUGGUGUGGUAGAGAGGACUAGCUGCUUGCAAUAUCAGCCAGCGGAACUUUGGGUGGUCCCCUCAACAGCACAAGAGAGAGAAUCCUUGUGCUUACCAUCAUUUGCUCUUGUAGGUAUGAGAGAGAGAAUCAUCAGAACCCUCCAGAAUGCUGUACACAAAACUUGAGCACUUAAUUAAUGACAUCGCUUUCCUCUCAUCUGUCGGUGUCUCUUUCCGUCUUUCUGUAGCCUGUAUCUGUCUAUGUGCCGCUGUGAUUGAAUGUCUGUCCAUAUUUCUAAUUGUGUGUGUGUAUAUAUCUUGUCUCCUAUUUUGUUGUCAUGUCUGCAUAUUUGUCUGUUUGUCGAGAUAUCUCAACCUCUGUCUGCCUCUAAGUUUGUCUGUCUGUCCAGUGACGGGGCCUAAGGGUGUUAGCUAGCUAUAUGCUUAUGCUAUGGCAGAACUUCCUGACGAGCUAGUCAUCAAUAGCAACGUUGCUUCGAAAGAAAAUGUCUUGUCUUUUUUGUUAGAAAUAGUGUGUUGUUCUGUAGGUGUUGAUUAUAGUUGGGAUACACUCAAUCCUAUUCUUCCACUGUAAAUAUAUUGAAUCUCAAUCAUG